CUGUCUUUCUCUUUCUCUCUCCAAUUCGUCCAUUCUCUUUCUCUCUCUUCAAAUUAUAUCGCCCCCAUUCGAUUUCUCGAUUCCAUUUCAUCUUUUCAAGGAGAUUUCGGUGAAGAACUCAAUCAAGGAGAAGGAGGAAGAAGAGGCGAUGUAUAAUAAUAAGAGAGAGAGUGAUUAGGUUCAAUUUCGAUUCAUCUCGUUUCAGAUUUCAUUCGAAUCUAUACAGUCGUCGGACUAGAAGGAUCUGGAAUACGCAUGAGCUGCUUGAUGAACCUUGGUUUCUCUUCUGAUUGCAAUCACUUCAUCACCUGUCUUCGCAUCUUUAUUUUUAAUUAUUCUCCUAAACUUCCACCCGCACUUAUCAAUUUCCAGAAACCGGUCGACCCUUUAUCUAGAUUGAUUUUGCUUAGAGAUCUUAAUCACACUAUUCUUUCCGAUCAUCUCCAAUCAUAAUCGCCCAAUGGAAUCACGAGAAAGGUGUAAUCGCCAAUUACGCACAGAUCCUUGUUUUGCAAACCCUAAAGGAAGACAUGCAGCUGCACCAACUGUUAUUGUCAUCGGUAGUGGAUUUGCUGGACUUGCAGCUGCUAGAACUCUUUAUGAUGCUUCAUUCCAGGUAAUGGUAUUGGAAUCGCGAGAUAGGAUUGGUGGUCGAGUACACACAAAUUACUCUUUUGGUUUUCCUGUUGACCUGGGUGCAUCAUGGUUACAUGGAGUCGGCAAAGAAAAUCCCCUGGCAUCCUUGAUUGGAAGGCUAGGGUUACCUCUUUACCGAACAAGUGGUGACAACUCCGUGUUGUAUGACCAUGAUUUGGAAAGCUAUGCACUAUUUGAUAUGGAUGGGAAUCAAGUCCCUCAAGAUUUGGUCACUGAAGUUGGUCAAGCAUUUGAGAAGAUCUUGGAAGAGACAGAUAAAAUAAGACAGGAACACGAAGAAGACAUGUCCAUUCAACGUGCUAUCUCACUUGUCUUUGAAAGAGUUCCGGAACUAAGGUUAGACGGGCUUCCUCACAAAGUAUUGCAAUGGUACUUGUGCAGAAUGGAAGGAUGGUUUGCUGCAGAUGCUGAAACCAUCUCACUGAAAUGCUGGGACCAGGAAGAACUGUUGCCUGGUGGCCAUGGGCUCAUGGUUCGUGGUUACCUUCCAGUUAUUAAUACACUUGCCAAAGGCCUCGACAUACGACUUAAUCACAGGGUUACAAAUAUAGUUAGACGCAACCAUGGAGUGAAAGUAACUGUAGAAGACGGAAGAGUAUUUACAGCUGAUGCUGCUGUUAUCGCCAUUCCCCUGGGUGUCUUAAAAUCAAAAAUCGUUAAAUUUGAACCUAGGCUCCCCGAUUGGAAGGAAGCUGCCAUUGAAGAUCUUGGAAUUGGGAUUGAGAACAAGAUAAUUUUAAACUUCGAGAAAGUGUUUUGGCCAAACGUAGAAUUCUUGGGAGUAGUAGCAGAAACCUCAUACGGGUGCAGCUACUUUCUAAACCUUCACAAGGCGACUAGUCACCCUGUUCUUGUCUAUAUGCCUGCUGGGAAGCUUGCUCGCGAUUUAGGGAAACUGUCUGAUGAAGCUGCAGCUAAUUUUGCCUUUACUCAGCUGAAGAAAAUCCUUCCCGACGCUUCCACACCUAUUCAGUAUCUUGUUUCUCACUGGGGAACGGAUGUGAACUCGCUAGGAUCUUACAGUUAUGAUGCGGUUGGGAAACCGCAUGACUUGUACGAUAGGUUAAGGACUCCGGUUGAUAAUCUAUUCUUUGCCGGGGAGGCAACAAGUUCAGACUACCCCGGUUCUGUACACGGUGCUUACUCGACUGGAUUAAUGGCAGCCGAGGAUUGCAGAAUGCGCGUUUUGGAGCGUUAUGGUGAGUUGGAUUUAUUUCAGCCGGCUAUGGGCGAGGACACUCCUCUCUCCAUUCCACUGCUGAUUUCGCGGCUGUGAAUUU